UUUGCUCUUUUUUUAAACAGUUAUUUUUUCCUCCCUCAAAUCACAACUUCUACAGUUUAUUCUUAUUAAAUUAGUAAAAAGGUUAAUUCGGCUUGUGAUAAUAUUUUCAGAAACAACACUUGGUUUGGACACCUGAAAAUUAAGAUUAAUAUCAAGAAAAAAAAGGUUUAUUGGCAAAACUCAACGUUUUUCAACUGUUAUAAAUAAAUUAGACUAAAUCAUCAGAGUAGUGAAAUAAAACUAAUAGAUUGUUUUUACUGCUGCUGUCUCAGGUUCAUUAUACUGGACGGUUCGGUAACUUUGUGUUUUAAAGUUCAGGAUUUAUCUGCAUCGCCUCACCUCCAUGUCUACAUGGACCAAUCAGAGAAGAGACGAGCCUCUGAUUGGAGGAUGGAGCAGGAGCGGCACCAGAACCGUCCUGACUGGAAGGAGCAGGAGCUGAAGUCUGAAUGUUUGACCCAAAUUCUGUCAUUCAGGAUGAAACCAGGAAGAAUCUCUGAAAUCCUUCAGUUUUCUGCAGCUCAAAGUCUCUGAAAGUCUCUCCUCCUCUUCACAUCUCUGAAUAUUGCUACACACCUGUGAUGAGAACCUGCAGCUGGUUCUGGAGGUCCACCUUCUGCCUGACGCUCCUCCUCCAGCCCGGAUCGGCUCAGCAUGAAGACGGGAAUUCGGUUCUGGAGCCCGGUUCCUGCCAGCCCAUCUCCAUCCCGCUCUGCACCGACAUCGCCUACAACCGGACCAUCAUGCCCAACCUGCUGGGUCACACCAACCAGGAGGACGCGGGCCUGGAGGUCCACCAGUUCUACCCUCUGGUCCAGGUCCAAUGUUCGGCGGAGCUGCGGUUCUUCCUGUGCACCAUGUACGCCCCGGUGUGCACGGUAUUGGACCGGGCCAUCCCGCCCUGCAGGUCUCUGUGCGAACAGGCCCGGAACGGCUGCGAGGAGCUCAUGAACAAGUUCGGCUUCCAGUGGCCGGACCGGCUGCGCUGCCAGAACUUCCCGCUCCACGGAGCCGGAGAGAUCUGCGUGGGUCAGAACAGGAGCGAUUCAGAGGGUCCGGCCGAGCCGAACCUGACUGCCCGGCCUCCGUUCCUCCGGGGCGACCAGCGGUUCUCCUGCCCCCCGCAGCUCCGGGUUCCGUCCCGCCUCAGCUAUCGUUUCCUGGGGGAGGAUGACUGCGGGGCCCCCUGCGAGUCCGACAAACCCGGCGGAUUGAUGCACUUCAGCCAGGAGGAAUUAAAGUUCAGCCGGGUCUGGGUCGGGUUCUGGUCCAUUUUGUGCUGCGUCAGCACGCUCUUCACCGUCCUGACGUAUUUACUGGACCGAAGGAGGUUCGUCUACCCGGAGCGGCCCAUCAUCUUCCUGUCUGGCUGCUCCUUCAUGGUGGGGCUGGUCUACAGCGCCGCCUUCCUGCUGGAGGACAAGGCGGUGUGUGUGGACCGGUUCAGGAAGGAGGGGUACCGGCUGGUGGUCCAAGGGACGGAGAAGGACGUCUGCACCGUCCUGUUCGUCGUCCUCUACUACUUCAGCUUGUCCGGCUCCGUGUGGUGGGUCGUCCUGGGCUUCAGCUGGUUCCUGUCCGCCGGGAUGAAGUGGGGCUAUGAGGCCAUCCAGGCCAGCUCUCAGUACUUCCACCUGGCAGCCUGGCUGGUUCCGGCGCUGAAGACCGUCCUGGUGCUGGCUGUGGGCCGGGUGGAGGGCGACCUGCUGAGCGGCGUCUGCUCUGUGGGAGUCUACAGCCUGGAAGGCCUGCGGGGAUUCAUCCUGGCGCCGCUCUCCGUUUCCCUCCUCAUCGGCGCCUCCUUCCUGCUGGCCGGCUUCGUGUCGCUGCUCCGGGUCCGGUCCAUCAUGAAGCACAACGGCACCGAGACGGAGAAGCUGGAGAGGCUGAUGGUGCGGAUCGGCGUCUUCGGCUCGGUCUACACGGCCUCCAAAGCGGCCGCCAUCGCCUGCCUGCUGUAUGAACAGGCGUUUCGGCCGCAGUGGGACGCCGCCUGGCGGAUGCAGACCUGCAGACACUUCGCUGUGCCAUGCCCGACCCGAAACACACCGCCGGUCUCGCCGAACUUCUCGGUCUUCAUGAUCAAGUACCUGACGACCUUCACGGUGGGGAUCGGGUCCGGAUUCUGGGUCUGGUCCGGGAAGACGCUGCAGACGUGGCGCCGCUUUUCCAAGAGAGCGAACAUGAACGGAGAGGCGGCGGCGUGGAGGUGAAGCUUCUGGACCGGACCGAACCCAAAGUGAAUCUCCGGAAACCCAAACUAACUGAUGGAGGUUUUUAUUUUUACUGUAUUUUACACUGAAAGCAACACAAAAUGUUUCUAGUGUUUAUUUCAAAUAUUUUAAAACACUUGAAAAACCAAACUACUGUAGAAAUAACUCUCAAGUCAAUAAUUCCUAAAUAUUGAUGACAUGUUGAAUAUCAAAAUAUUUGGGGCUGCACGGUGGUGCAGUUGGUACCACUGCUGCCUUGC